UUUUACCCGUGCAAAAGGACAAGUGUAUCGACACUCGACGAUGCUCCUUCGCUGCCUAUUGCUGGCGUUAUUGGGCGUGGGGCUGCUAGGCCCCACCUCCGCCAAUCCGCAAUCGCUACCCAUUAACUACAAGACGUAUGCGGAAAUGACUAGGUACUUGUUGGAGCUCAACGCCACGUUCCCCGAUGUCGUGCAGGUGUCGAUAGCUCAAGACACGUACAAUCUGCGGUACCCCAAGGAGCUUCAGUGCAUUAUAGACGACGAAAGCAAAGCCACAGAGCCCUGUAAGCAGUACGUGGUGCAUUUGACCAAUCAUUCGACGCUAGCCAACGACCCAGAAAGACCCGAAGUGUUUAUCAGUGGAGCACUCCACGGCAAUGAACGGGUCGGCCCUAAUGCGGCGAUUGAGCUGAUUGGUCUACUUGCACACGCUACGUCGAUUUAUGGCACAGACGAUAACGCGAAGCCGACAUUGGACACGCAGCGAUGGCUCAAGGAGCUGGUGAACACUAGGAACGUGCUGGUGACGCCGAUGACCAACGCUUAUGGCUACUCACACAACCAUCGCGAGGAGUUGACGGUGGAUCCGAACCGAGACUACAAUUACAUGAGAUCAGGUGUCGAGUGCAUGCAGACGAUGACAUCUCGUGUAGUUAACGAGAUCUGGAGAGAUCAUAUCUUCCAGCUAGCUGUGACUUUCCAUGGCGGCACUCGAGCAGUGGCUUACGAGUGGGGCUCACCGGAUCACUAUCUCAACGGCAAAGAGAACAACCCGAGCGAAAAGUCUCCUGAUCACAUGGCGCAGUUCCAGAUUGGCAACACGCUGGCCAACUUUGCUGGGGUUUUCCCGGAUGGCAAACUCUACCCGACUGGAACGAUGAACGACAUUGUUUAUGGUGUCACCGGUGGAAUGGAGGAUUGGGGCUACGCGGCGUCGUGGGAAAACCAAUUUUACGACGCGAAAUCGCAGCCUUUCCAUCCGUGCGAGCCGACUACGUUUGGAGGGUAUCCGAAGGAGAAGACCAUCUACAAUAACAUCACCCAUCGCGCUUUCAACAUGUUGGUGGAGACGUCGAACAGCAAGGAACCUAACACAGCAGAUUUGGGAAACUUCAAGGAACUGUAUGAAGCAAACGUCGAUUUCUUCCGGACUGAAGGGAUCACGACCGAGUCUGUAGGUCACGUACCACGGAACGUCCGUCUGGCACUCAUGAUGAUCGAAAUGGCCCAGCCUCUGGUGCGUUGGGUGGGUGCAGCAGGGUCGUCUCAAAGCCAAGAGUUGCUGAAUGUCUUCCCUGCAGCGAGCCUGUACACUACCGAUGCAAAUCAAGUCACUGAGAUGGGAUGCGGUGCCUUGGCAUGGGAACGCAACGAGGUUGCGACGUGUAGCAUGUCCGAUUGCAGUGUGGUUAACUCUGCUUACUCCAAGGUUCAGAUCGCGUGGGAGGUGCUUGGUGCUCUCACUGUGGACAGCACUCACGUUCAAGUGUCUUCAAGCGCGACGUUCGAAGUUGAUGCCAUUUUAAUGGAGACGUCAACGCAGAAAGGAACGACCCGGCGAUUCUAUGAAUUCGCAUCGGAUUCCUCUCAAGCUGCGGCUGCUAACGUCGACACAUUGGGGACUUCGCUCUUUGUUACAUGUCUUGAUCUGGGUAAUGUCACCUCGGAGAAGCUAUACGUUCGAGCUGUAGCCACAGUCGAUCAGGACUGGAAGAAGCAAGGCACUGGUGACGAUGCACCUUCACCUCACAUCCCGCCGCAGUCUCACCUUGUGAAUGCUCGAACGAACCCGGAUUGGAAUUUUGAGUGGAAUGGCCGUCGAGUAAAGGCUGCUCUCGAGUGGACAUCCCCGGUCAUCAACAUCGAGACUGCAAAACAUUCCGAGACGAAUGACGUUUCUUCAGAUAUUACUCGUGGCUCAUCGUCGGAUGCGUCAACAUCGAUUGCUCCAAGCGCUUCAAGCGACAACGAAAAUGAUGAUAGCGAUGACAGUACUGAUCUGCCAACUAUUGGUAAAGAUCGCACAAAAAAAGCCGCGGACAUUGACGACGAAGAAGAAAGUGAAGACUCAAGCGACGAAGCUUCGGCUAAGACGACGACUUCAUCGUCUGCUAAAGAAUCUGAGCGUACCAAGGUUACAGACGAGGGCGACAGCGACUCCGACGACGAAAGCGAGGACAGUGAAGACAGCAAGGAUAACGACGACAACACCCUCGACGAUGAGUUGAAGGCUUCCGACGAUGGGACAUCCAAGUCUUCUUCCUCUAGCACGCCUCAAGGCACCACUGCUUUAGCUGCCAAUGGAUCGGGCUUGGACGACAAGGCAUCCUCUGGGUUGCUUCAGUUCGGAUACCUCAUUAUGAGCUCGUGCGCGAUGAUCAUCGUGCUCACUCUGGCCUAUCUGUACCGUCGCGUGUUUCGGCGUCCUCGUCAGCCGUACAUGAACAUCAGCAGUCUCGAGCAGCCCACACGCGUCACCAUCAACAGUAUCGACGAUGAAGACUACGAUGUUGACGAUGAUGAAACCGAGGAUGUUAGUGCGGGUCCACGGAUCCCUCGUCACGCUCAGUCGUCCAGAGGUGUACUCUAAUUCUGACUUUUACUUACCGGCGGGUGUUGCAAGUGCUACAUGUAGCUCCCGAUUUGUAAUGGUUUUAGUUACCCGUAAUUCCAGUUAGAAAUUGCGGUGGUCUGUUGUUUGCUGUUGUUGCGGACGAUUUUCGCUUAGAAGCUCGAUUUUUAUUAUUUCCCUAGGGAUUGAAGCCACUAGAACGACGGGCAGUUAAUAAAUACAAUCACACAAAUGUCGUGCGUCCAGCU